AUGGCUCCGACGCCCCGGCCAGCGAAGCGGAAGCGCACAGAUGGUCCUCAGGCGACGCCAAAGGCGACCAAAGCCGCGCCAGACGCGUCGAACGCGGCAAAGUCUUCAUCGCAAACAGUCGCGCUGAAGAAGAAGGAGAAGGCGGUUGAGCCAGAGUCUGUGGACGGAGGGGCGGUCGAGGAGCGUGACUUGGAGGAGCUGGAGCGCAUCUACGACAUGCUCGCGGAAGAGUACCACGACAUCCUGAACGAGCUUCCUUUGGAGUAUCAGCGCACGUUUCGGCUGGUGCGGGAACUGGAGGAUCAACAGCAGGCACACACUGCCGAGCUACAAACGUCCCUUGAGACCCUCGUCGCGUCGACGCUGAACCCUUCAUCCGCUCCGUCUCCCGCGCCGUCGACCUCGACUUCCGACGAACUUCCUCAACCAAGUCCUUCGAUGCGUGCGCGGUUCAACAAGCUCUCCUCACUGGCGACAGCCGCUGUCCGAGCAGGCGAAGACAAGGUCGGGCUUGCCAUCACCUUGUACGAAGCGAUUGACCGUCACAUCCGCCGCCUCGACGCCGACUUGGCGAGAUACGAAGACUCGCUCGUCAUCGGUCUGCGCGAGGGUACGCAACCCUCGCACGACGCACCUUCCGCCAUCCGCAAGUCGCCUCCGGGACCAACUACCUCACUCGGUGCGAUAGCACUCGGCGAGCGCGAAGCGUAUGAUACAGUCGGAUCUGGAAGUGACGGAGCGGGCCGGGCGAUGCGGAAGAAGCGGACGGCGGAAGAGCUGGAGAAGGAGCGCGAGUGGAAGCGGCGGCGUGAGCUGCUCAAGCAGGAGCGAGCGCAGAAGCGCAAGGCGGAGAGCGGGAUGCCAGUCGAUCCGAACGAGCCAACGUACUGCUACUGCAGUCGCGUCAGUUUCGGCGAGAUGAUCGCGUGCGAGAACGAGGACUGCUCGCGCGAAUGGUUCCACCUCGAGUGCGUCGGCCUCGACAAGGCGCCCGACGGCGCGUGGUACUGCGACGACUGCGUGCGGGACCUCAACCUCGACCCGAAGACGCUCAAGCCAAAGUGA